AUGUCGUUACUUUAAAAGUUUACAAAGUUAUUCAAAUCGAAGGAUGAAAUGCUAGAAUCAUUGGGAAUUUUAUUGAAACCCAAGUCUCAAAAGGAUUUUGAUGUGGCUUGUGAAUAUUUUGGAUCUUUAAUGAAGAGAUACCCAGCAGUUGUUUUCAAUCUCUUAAGAUCAAAAGAAAAUGUGGAGAAUUACUAACCCAAGGCAGAGCAUCUAUUGAAUUUAUUAUUCGUAAUUCAUGCCAAUAUUUCUGAUGAUUCAGUGUGUGGAUAGUUGAGAGGACCUCCAAUUUAUUGGUUAGAUAAAUUAAUGACCGAGAACAAGGAAAGCUUCAUUCUUAUCGAAAGAAUGAUAUGUGAAGCCAGUACAUCUAGUUUCUUUCCCCAAUAAUCUCCCAUUACUUAGCCCUCCUAAUUUCAGGGAAAGACUGAGUAAGUGAAAGAGAAGAGGAGAACAAGAAUAGAAAUGAACGAGCAACUUAAGAACCCUGUUUAAAAAACAGAAGCCUAAUUAGUUUCAAGUCAGUUAAAGGCUAAGAUUUUUUGUAUUAUUUACUACUCGUUCCUCUAGAAAUUAUCAGUUAAUUAAUUGGUCUAUCAAUCUUGUAAGGAUUUACAAUAUCCAUUUGAGGAACCGGAGGAUGUCAAAUUGAGAUAUAUUUGGAUCUAUAAGAUAUAGAAUGUGAUGUUAAUGGGUUUGAAAUUGUUGGAAUGCAAGAAUAUUAAAUAUAAGAUCUAUUAGGAUUUAGUAUAUCAGGAUUUACUUCGAUUCCAGGUAUUCGUCAGGUAAGAGAUCGAAUAAUUGAUUGAUCAAUAUGCUACAAUACCAAAUUUGGAUUGCUUAUCAUUAUAUGAGAUUUUUUCGGAAUUUCAAAGAGCUAGGACAGUAUUGGAAAAUUACAAUGAUGAAAUCGAUCUCAAAUUAAGAGUCAGUACAAGAUAGAUUGAAGAAUUUUUGAGUUUUUCAGUCAGAAUAAAGGUUCUGAAUCAAUUUGCAUUCAAGAAAAGUAUCAAGGUUCCAAAUAGACAAUAGCCAAACAUUUCUAUUGCUUAACAAUCCUAGUCUGAUCGUAAAGUAAGAUAUCUUAAAUAUUCUAUUUUAGCAUCAUAAGGCAGUGAGUGAUAUCAACAAAGAAAAUUUGGAGCCUCUGAAUUUCUAGGAUUUGCAAUAUGAAUAAACUUAUGAAAGAGGAGUGAUGGAGAAGAAAUUUUACAAUUAGUCUACUGAAAACAGUAUGGAUGACAUUGGAGAGAACAUUUAAUUAGAUGUCGUUUAGCAUAGACCUUAGCAUCUCAAGGGAUUAAGCACAUUUCAAUAAUAUUGAC